CUCUCCUCCCCUCUUUCCCUUCCAAACAAACCAAUAACCCUUUUAUCUUUUAACUCGCUCUCUCCCUUUCUUUGAGAAAAUAGACUAAUAGACAUGGAAAUGGAGCCAACCCCUCCAGUUGGAGCAAAGAAGCUAUGGAGCGUAGUACGGAUAGUGUUUUUCAUGAUGAAGGCGGGCAUAUCAAAGAGCAAAAUAAUGGUCGAUCUCCAUUGGAUGCUGAAGCGGGGCAAUAAACUUGCAGGAAAGGCUAUCGGCAACCUCAUACUCCACCACAGUUCUUCCUUCAGUUGCCGCUCAGACGAUUCCCUCUCUUUUGUUUAUCCUAAAGAGUAUGAAUUUAGCUGCAGCAACAGCCCAGCUUUUUAUCCUUUUUACUCCCACAAACGCAAACACCACCACCACGCCGUGCAGAAGGUUCUCGAUAUGUUAAACAACGAGGCGGCGGUGGAAGCCUCGCCGUUGACAACAUCGCCGGGGUUCGGACGGAGUCCCAUGGUCAGACAGUUGAGAAUAACGGACUCGCCGUUUCCUUUAAAAGACGACGGAGAUAAUAAUCAAGUGGACAAAGCUGCAGAGGAGUUCAUUAAAAAGUUCUACAAAGACCUUCAGUCACAGAAGAGAAUGUCUGCACUGGACUCACCCUACCAUGACUCAUGGGGCCGAUGAGUCAACUCAGUUAAUCGCUCCACCGAGUAACCACCGCAGCAUACUCUGAAAGUGACACCUGCAAUAGAGUUUUGUUCUAUCGCUCGUCACAUCCAUGGACGAUUAGCAGCAAUGGUUAACUUUUAUAUAAAUAAUUUAAUUACUCACAAAUGAAGGGACAUAUACGUGAUGAUGAAGGCUUUCAUUGAACAGUUGUGAGGAUGGAUCAUGCAGUGUUUUUCUUUUGAUUUACCGCUGUUUUGGAUUGAUUGAUUUCAGUACUACUACUCAUAAUAAAAACGUAUUAAAUGAA